AUGCGUGUGUCAAAUCUUAUAAGUGAUAAAAGCUUGAAUUUGUUAUAUCUUGUAACUCUUUUUAGCUGCAUAAAUACUUUUGUGACUGCCGAUUCGAAUGUUGAAGGACUGUACAAACUAGACAUAAUUCAUUACAACGAUUUCCAUGCAAGAUUCGAAGAAACAUCCGUCCAGACCCCAAUAUGUACAUUCAACAACAACUCUUGCUUGGGCGGAUUUCCUCGUCUCUAUCAAGAGAUCCGCACUCUACUUAAAGAGAAACCUGACUCCGUAGUCUUGAACGCUGGCGACACCUUCCAGGGAACGUAUUGGUAUACACUUUUGAAGUGGAAUGUAACGCAGGAGUUUAUGAAUAUGAUACCUCAUGAUGCUCACGCGCUGGGUAAUCAUGAUUUUGACGAUGGUCCAGCCGGCGUGGUUCCGUACAUUGCCGCUCUGAAGGCGCCUGUACUAGCAGCCAACAUGGAUACCAGUGAGGAACCAUCUUUCGAAGGGUUGUACGAGCCUCACAUUAUCGUCAACAGGAAGGGACGCAGGAUUGGGAUCAUUGGAUUGAUAACUGUAGAUACAAAGGAUUUAGGUGAUCCAGGAAAGGUUAAAUUCACUGAUCCAAUAGCAGCUACAAGAAGAGAGGCACAAGCGUUGCAUGAGCAAGGUGUUGACAUUAUUAUUCUUUUAUCACAUUGUGGCCUUGAUGUGGACAAGGAGAUUGCUCGAGAAGUCGGAGAACACAUUGAUAUUAUAAUUGGCGGACAUAGUCACUCAUUACUUUGGAACGGACCAUCACCUAGCGGAGAAGUAGUAAGAGGUCCUUACCCGAUAAUAAUUGAGAGUAGCGAAGAUAAGAAACACCAGGUAUUAAUAGUUCAGGCAUCUGCGUUUACUAAAUACAUGGGUAAUUUGAGCGUGUAUUUCGACACCAAGGGUGACUACCGCAAAUGGGAGGGUGGCCCACUCUUCUUAGACAGAUCCAUUCCUGAAGAUGCUGAAAUUAAAGCAAAACUCGAGCCCUAUGCAAAAUUAGUGCAUGAAGCGGAAAAUGAGAGCGUGGGGGAAAGUUUACAUGAUAUGUUAAAGGAGGACUGCGCCUUCGGAGAAUGCAACGUUGGUGAUCUGCUCGUAGCAGUUUUAGAUGAUGCUGUCAAGAGUGUGGUAGGGGAUAGGCCCAACUGCUUAUCUUUUAUCUCGAGACCCACAAUUCAGUCUUCGAUACAUCAAGGAGUUGUCACGAAAGGAACAAUCUUUAAGAUGCUACCGUACAACGACCGUAUCAAGAUGUUUCAGAUCAAGGGUAAUGUUGUACGGGAAGCGUUGGAACACUCUGUCUCGGAAGCGACAGGGUACCAUCCGUUCCAGGGUCCUUGGUUACUACAAGUGUCUGGUCUUCAAGUGACCUACAACGUGAGUCUUCCUGAAGGACAAAGGAUAACGUCUGUUAAUAUCGGUGUAAAAGGCUCCAACAAUCCUCUGGAUGACGAUCAGAUAUACACGGUAGCAGCUCCAUCGUUUCUAGCUGAUGGCGGUGAUGGUUACCAGAUGUUUAAGCCCGCAAAGCAGAACGUGUCAAUAAUAGGUCGUCUCGAAGGGUUGGUAGAAACAUACAUUAGCCAACAUUCGCCGUUGGACAUCAAAACCGAUGGCAGGAUUAUCAUAAACAACUGA